UUCACCUGCGUGGGGCUGUCUCUGUUAAGGCUCAUUUGCGACGUGAAAGUGGAAUUCGCGAAGCCUUCUUUUGGGAGUUCAAGCCCAGCAGGAGGUUCAGCUGCUUCAGAUGACCAGGAGUUUGACCCUUCGGCUGACAUGCUUGUUCACGAAUACGACGACGAACGAACAUUGGAGGAAGAGGAGAUCCUUGAAGAAGAAACCAGCUUUAGCACUGAGAUUGAUGAUCUUGCUCGGGAGGGUGAAAUGCCUAUUCAAGAACUAUUAAAUAUGUAUGGUUAUGGAAAUGGUGGCUCGCCUGAGGAGGCAGAAGAAGAUGAUGAGGAUGGGGAGGAAGAGGAAGAGUAUGUGGAUGACAUAGCAACUGAUGAGAAUAGCGGAAGUACUGAGGAGUUGAAAAGGAUCCCGGGUGAACAAGCAAAGGACGUCUCUGGACAGGAGGAUGAGACUCAGUCCUCCAUUGAUGACCGGACUUUGUUUUCCACAUCUCGUGACACAGCAGAGUUGAUCCGUCCAAGGAGGUGCAAGUACUUUGAGAGCAAUGAAGAUGAAUCUGAAGAUGAUGAAGAUUACAUUCCCUCUGAGGACUGGAAAAAGGAAAUCAUGGUGGGCACUAUGUACCAGGCUGAAACUCCUUCUGGGCUUUGCAGAUAUAAAGAGAACGAAAAAGUUUAUGAAAAUGAAGACCAGUUAUUGUGGGAUCCAGAUUUGCUCCCAGAAGACAAAGUGGUGGAGUUUCUGACUGAGGCCUCAAAGCGCACUGGUGAAGAGAAGGGGGUGGAUGCCAUCCCAGAGGGCUCUCAUAUUAAAGAUAACGAGCAGGCUCUGUAUGAGUUGGUAAAAUGCAAUUUUGAUACUGAUGAAGCAUUAAGACGACUGCGGUUUAAUGUAAAAGCAGCUAGAGAGGAACUGUCUGUUUGGACAGAGGAAGAAUGCAGAAAUUUUGAGCAAGGACUAAAAGCUUAUGGCAAAGAUUUUCAUUUAAUACAGGCAAACAAGGUGAGAACUAGGUCUGUUGGAGAAUGCGUGGCCUUUUAUUACAUGUGGAAGAAAUCUGAGCGUUACGAUUUCUUUGCACAGCAAACCAGAAUUGGAAAAAGGAAGUAUAAUCUUCACCCAGGUGUUACGGAUUAUAUGGACCGGCUUCUGGAUGAGACUGAGAGCGCAGCCUCCAGUCGCGCAGCUUCGCCGCCUCCCACAACCUCCAACAGCAGCACAAGUCACUCCGAGAGAGACGACAGCUGCUUCCAGAAUGGCAUUAGUCACGGAAUUGCGGAAGACCAGUCUGAUAUGAAUGAAGCUGGAAGUGAAGAGAUGCAGAGAAAUGGACCAGUUCACACCCAGGAGAAUCCUCCUUCAGACAAAGACACCAGUACUAAUGGCUGUGGUAGUGCAGAGUCAUUGCACGGUAACCGGAGUGCAUCUGAGCAGAACGACCUGAGCAGAAAGCACGAGGAGCUCUGCUACGAAAACCCUCUGAAAAGACGCAGGACGGAGAGUAGCGCCCAGGGUGAGGCCGACCCUCUCAACAGUAGUGCGGGCAAAGCAGACAGCAACUGACACUCCUUCGCACGCAGCAGAGACCCCCACUAUGUGCGAAACGUAUCGGAGCCUCCAGAAGACUGGGGCUCACCAGCAAAGAGGGGUCAGAGGGUGUGGGGCACGCGCAGUCCAGCCUCCCGUCUCUCUACGUUCCAAAGUCACAAGUCUUCUCAAUCUGAGUCUUUUCGAUUUUGAAAACAGAAUUUUAAAGAAUUGCAUUUCUUACUGGUGUAACAAAUUGUCAGCUCCUAUUUUUGUAUGUGAAAUAUUUAUAUUUUUUUGAAUGAUGGCAGAAGCUAAGUUUAAGCCACUCAAACAGGUGAAUGUUCGGCGGAAUGGUUGUCACUUGCAGUGUGCAAGGGGGUACCAGAGCUUUACAGACACAGUGUUGCACUUUUUUCUUUGUACCAGAGAAUUGCACCGCAAGCAUUUUUCAUUCGAGCAAAUAGGAAAUCAGACUCCAUGAGGCCUUACAUUGUGCCUGGUUGUUUUUAUAGGAAAAAUGAGCCAAUGGGAAACUGGUUUGUUUGUGAUACUGACAUCAGUGAUGUCCUGUAUAUUACCGGGGCAUGGGGCCAUUGAAAUGCAAACAAUAUUUCCAGAAUCUAAAGACUGAAUUUACGUUUUAUAAAAACAAAAAUGUAUAGACUUUUUAUUGAUUUUUCUGAUCUUGUACAGUUUUUACUUUUGAU